UGUAAACGUAUCCGUGGUGUGCAAUCAUAUGAUGGUGCAAGCGUUAGUGAUGUAAUGAUGUUUGUCGAUGGGAGACCCGUGCGCUUUAUAUAUCCAUCCGCCUCCCUGCCCUUCCUCCACCUAGUAUAUACUUAAGUUAAGUUACUUCAUGUUAUCCUGAUAUUCCACCUACCACUACGGAGUUACUAUCUUUAGUAUCUUUACCAGUGAAGAAUUCCAACACAAUCGAGUUAUUUUCUUACCAACCCUACGGAAAAAUGGAUCUCGUCCAGAAAUUCGGCCAUCUCAAGCAUGAUCGUCGUCGCAGCUCCGCGCAGCAGCAGCUCGCUGAGGAGGAACGCCAUCAGAACCAGAUGGCCAUCAACAACCUACUAGGAAGCUUCGGUGGCGCGGCGAACGAGCAUCCGGACCGUCGGUCCAGCGGGGCGGGCAACAUGGCCAGUAUGAUCGAGGAGUUCAAUAAGCGGAAGUCGAUUUCGCCGGAGGAGAACGUUGAGCAGAGGGAAUGA